AUGGAGGAACUCAACAAGUCGGGCGUCUCGGGCGUCCCGACCCUACUCGGAACCUCCAACUUUGACGACUGGCGGUACAAGAUGAAAGCAUACCUUGUUUUCAAGGAUCUAUGGUCGGUUACGGGAGCUACUGGACCGCUCUACGAUACCGAACCCAUUCUUCCACCGGGAAACGAAGACCAGAAGCUCCUUGAUCGAUACAAGGCCUGGCACGCGAAGAACCUCAAAGCAGAAAUGGGACCUUCUUCACUCUACUUUCCAGCUAAUGGGUCUGUGUUACGGGCGUCCUCGAAAAUCGUCUAA